AUGCUCUUCCUCUUCGCCCUGUCCAUCGCGCAGAAUGCUCUGGCUCAGCAUCCACACGGCUACAAUGGCUGGAAGGGAUCAUGCACCGCAUCCCCCAAAUGCCGUUUCGCACCCGCCUACACUGAAGCCCAAAUCCUCGCUAACCCAGAACCCUUCAUCUGCGACCUCCUCUACUGGGAAGGCCACUUCACGCAGCCUGGGAUCGGCUUCAACGGCGCCAACGCCAUGACCUACGACGGUACCCUUCUCAACACGACCACUGGCCUGGCAGACGCAUACGAAAGCGGCCAGCAUAAUUUCUCCGCCGCGAGUAAGGAGUCCCUGCACGUUAUGCUGCUCGCGCACGCUUUAGCUGGUGAUGCCUCCGCUACACGGGUCGUUUCACCUGAUAAUCCGGCGGGUGGUCAACAACUCGCCUUCCACACCAUGGAGCAGAAACUGGCCUCUUACCUUUUCUUCAACCAGACUUUCCCCGGCUUCGGCGGCUUUCUCCCCUGGUUCAAUAACACGCUCGGCCAACCCUUACGUCCGACAAGCGACUGGGUAAACCGUGUCCCAGCUCUCGAUAACGGCGAACUCCUCUGGGCUGUCUACGCCGCCGUGCACGUCCUUCAGACUUCCCCUGACCCUGCCUUCCGAACCCUAGGAUCGGGAUGGCAGAGCUGGCUCGACUACACUAAGCGCCACGCCGCCGCGAUCUUCUACCGCGGAAAUGGAAAAGUUUGCGCAGUCACUACGCUGAAUCAGACGCUUCUCCCCACGGAUCCAAAACAGAACUAUACGUGCGAGGGGAUAGAUGUCCUCAACGAUCCGUACGAAGGCGAGCUCUUCGCCUGGUGGCUCUAUUUCUUCGGGGGUCUGGACGAAGUGGAGAAGGGGGCGAUUUGGGUCGCUAAGAGGGCGCAGUUGGUUGGUGUGGAGUACACGAACCAGAACGGGUCAGGGCUCGGUCCCAUAACAGUCCAAAAGGGUUUCUGGUUCUCCGCCCACGAACAAUGGAAGGUACUCGAGAUGCCGUACUAUGACGUCGAUAUCGUCCGGAGGGUUUUCACCAACGCGGAGAGGGUGAGGACGUGUAAUUCGGCUAGUCUGGGGAUUCCCGGGAUGUAUGCUAGUGUGAAUAAUGUUACCGAUGCGACGGGCCAGAUUAUUGGAUAUAUUUCUAAUGCGGGGGUUCCGAGUGUGGCGAACCAGACGCUGCAGGAGUUGGAUGUUGUGACGCCUUAUAGUGUUUUUCCUACGCUGUUGGUGGAGGGAGGGUGGGGGAGGAGGGUGGGAAUGGUGUGGUGGUGGAACAUGGUUCGAGCCAGGAAAAUGCAGAACCCCUACGGCAGCACCGAGUCCGAACGCCUCGACGGCACGGCCGUUUCCAGUUUCGUGAGCUGGGAUAGUAAGGUCACUACCGUCGUUGCUUUACUAGGUGGCGUGAGCGGAUUCGUGAGGGUGAAGAUGAUGGAGGAGGGGAUUUAUAAUGAGUUUAUCAACGUGACGAAUCGCGAGUACAGCCGCGUCUUCACGGAUCUGGAGGGCGAGGACGUCGCGUUGUGUCUUCCCAUCGCUGCGGUGCCGGAUGCGGGAUUGGCGGAUUAUACGGACUGCUCGUGA